CUAACACUUCUGAACCAAUAAACCCUAAAAUUCCAGUAAAACAAAACCUCCCCUCACUCCCUCCUUCUUUUAGCUCGCAUCAACAAAUUGAACCAUGAGGCCACCCAGAGGUGGAGGCUUUAGAGGCCGUGGUGACGGUGGCGGUCGUGGAGGAGGCGGAAGAUUCGGUGGCGGACGUGGAGGCCGCGGUGGAGGUCGUGGAGGCGGUGGGUUUGGGUUCCGUGAUGAAGGUCCUCCUUCUGAAGUCAUAGAGGUUUCUACAUUUAAUCAUGCCUGUGAGGGUGAGGCUGUGAUGAAGCUCACAAAUGAGAAAAUACCGCACUUUAAUGCUUCAAUUUAUCUAGAAAACAAGACCCAGAUAGGCAGAGUUGAAGAAAUCUUUGGUCCCAUCAAUGAUUCUUUUUUUUCUGUUAAAAUGAUGGAGGGUAUUGUUGCAACUUCGUAUAAUCCAGGAGACAAAUUCUACAUUGAUCCUUAUAAGCUUUUACCUCUUGAAAGAUUUCUUUCUCAACCAAAGGGAAUGGCUGGUGGUGGUAGAGGUGGUGGUCGUGGGGGUGGCAGAGGUGGUGGUAGAGGGGGUCGUGGGGGUGGAGGCUUCCGUGGAGGUGGUGGAUUUCGUGGAAGAGGUGGUCCAAGAGGUGGCAGAGGACCUCCUAGAGGUGCCCGUGGUGGUGGCUUUAGGGGCAGAGGGAGGUAUUAGGAGAAUUUUAUGUAACAUUAUUGUUGUUUAUCUUUUUUCCCCUUGUCACUUUGAGAUGCUAUACGCAAACAGUCAACGUUUGGAUGCUAAUUUGAAUGUCAGCAUUUGUUAGUAAAGCAGUAGUUUUUGUUGCUCA